AUGAUUUUCUCUCAAGCUCUGAUUGUCGCCGCCUCGAUGGCCGGACUGGUCAGCAGCCAAACUUGGACUGCCGUCAACAUCAGUGCCAUCGACCCCGCAUUACGAAGCAAAUGGUGUCUCGAUCAGACCUCGUCCUGUCCCCUCCUCUGUCUUCAAAUCAAUGCCACUAGCGAUACACAACAGAACGACUGCGACUCUGAUACUCUCUCUUACAAUUGUGUUUGCUCCAACGGCAUCUCUCCAAACACUUCCGAAUACUCUCAGACCAUUCCCUACUACCUCUGCACCGAGGCCAACGAGGAGUGUGUUAAUCGAUGCGACAGCUCCAACUCAGCCUGUCAGUCUGCUUGUCGCUCGAAGCACCCUUGUGGAGCUCAAAAUCCCACGCGCCACAAUGUCACUACGACCACCAGUGCCACAUCGAACCCUACCGGCAAUGCUGCUACAACCACGACUCUGGCCGCAUUCACAGGAGAGGCCACGAGCAAGAACGCAGCAGUCAGGGUCUCGUCCGUUGACAUCGGACAUGUGUAUGGUCUGUGUGUUGUAGUGGGUGGUUUCAUUGCUGGGUUCGCAGUGCUGCUGUAA